AUAACAUAGUGCAAAACACUGAUCAGUCUUGUAUCUGAGUUUGGACAAGUCGGUGCAAAAUGAUUUUUAUAUGCAGUGUUUUUGUUAGUAUUCUGAUACAAUUAAAUUCGGUGGAUGCUGCCUGUCCUCGCGUUGUCACUAAGAAAGAGUGGGAUGGACUGAAUCCUUUACACGUGCAAUACUUACCCCGACCAGUCAGCUUGGUAAUAAUUCAGCACACCGUCACUCCAACAUGCAACACUGAUGCGGCAUGUGAGGAUAUUGUGCGAAAUAUUCAAAGCCAGCUCAUGGAUCAAAAUAACUUUUGGGAUAUAGGAAUGUCUUUCCUGAUUGGUGGUAACGGAAAAAUCUACGAGGGUACCGGCUGGUUACACGUCGGGGCUCAUACUUAUGGAUAUAAUAGUAAAUCUAUCGGAAUAUCGUUCAUUGGAAAUUAUAAUAGUGACGAGCUGAAACCUGAAGCUCUGGAGGCAGCGAAGGCAUUAAUCAAAUGUGGGGUGGAAAAAGGACACUUGGCACCAGAUUAUCAUCUCGUGGGUCACAAGCAACUGAUUGCGACGGAGAGUCCAGGCAGAAAACUUUACAGAGAAAUAAGGACUUGGCCACAUUUCUUAGACGAUGUUUCAUCCAUAAAGAAAGCUUAAACACAUAA